GGUGGGUCACUCUGGAGAGCUAGCCUUGUGCCCUGGGUGGACAGGCACAGUGACAGCAAAGUCUCUUAAGGCAUCAGAGUGGACCCACGUGUGCUGUGUCCGGGGAAGAUGCAGGCCUGCAUGGUGCCAGGGCUGGCCCUGUGCCUCCUGCUGGGGUCGCUUACAGAGGCCAAGCCACUGCAGGAGUAUGACCCCUAUGCUGAGCCGCCGGCCAUGCCCUACUGGCCCUUCUCCACCUCUGACUUCUGGAACUACAUCCAGUACCUCCAGACCCAGGGCGCCUACCCCCAGGUGGAGGACCUGGCCCGCACCUUUUUCGCACACUUCCCCUUGGGGAGCACCCUGGGCUUCCACGUCCCCUACCAGGAGGACUGAGGGGUGCUGGAUGAGCCUCAGGACAGGUCCAGAGUUGCCAAGGCCACUGGUGGGGGGCUGGCCUCGUGCCUAAUAAAUUCCAGAGACCUGAGUGUCUCCUUCAAAAAUAGCUAUGCACAGCCCCAGUGCUACUUCAGACCCUGCUUCUCCUGAGUGCAGUGUGAACACGCCUUCAAUAAAUGUGCAG